GUGUACUUCAACAUUUCAAUCUCAGGUAUAAAUACAGGUGAUCUAUGGACUCUGAUUUAUAAAUGAUUGAACAUUUUAAUAAUUCACGAUCAAGAUGGAGGCGACAUUUUCCUGUGUUUUAACAAUAUUUGUGGCUCUUAUAGCUUCGGCGUACAGUACAAGUGAACCAAUCCCACCGGGAGUGCAUCAUUACGGUAGCGACGAUGAGCCAUGUUCGUCUGAUAUGUCAAUAUGUGCAAGCGUCGAGCAUUGGGAGGCGUUUGAUGGUGAACUCCCUACAACGGUCAUAACAAAGAAAUGUGGUUGUCAAGGGAAUCUCAAGUGCCCUGUGAGUGAUAGGUUCGACCCCAACGAUGGACAUACUGUCAUCAAAGGAGGUUUAUAUUACAAGACAUGUGCCCCGUUGACUUCCACGAGGAGAUGUAGACGUAGUGAACGCGCCCUGACAAUGUCCGGACAGAAGGAGGUUGUCGAAGUGCGCUGCCAGUGUAGACGAGGCAAAGUCCCGACAGUGUACGCCACCUGGAAGCCAGACGAAUGGACGUACGAUAACCCAGUUUUCCCAUUCACAAACCAUGCAACUUGCGGAGAGUUACGUCAGUGCGAUAUUCAGACUAUCAGACGAAAUGGUAAAACUCAACCUUGCUCCAAGUACUAUCCACGCAUGAACACAGAUGGACCCAUCCCUGUUCCAGUUACGGACUUUAAGGGUGAGGUUGAGAUGUGUACCUGUCCCGACAGCAAAUUCUGUGAUGGACGAUUAGAAAGUGAGAUGACAGCGUAUACCAUGGGCAGAGACAAGAACGGCUUUUAUGACUUCCGCUAUUGUAUGGGGUUGUGAAGACUAUGCUCAGACAGCGUUUGAUAAAGGAACGCGAAAUGUUGCAUAUGAAACAAUAGACCACUUUGGUUUUGAAAAUCAGAUGAUGGUCUUAAACGAUCAUUUAUUGUUUAAUUAACUUUGAAAUAAAAUUUUAUUUCAUUUUCGUGACUCGUUCGUUAAUUAUGUUUGGAAAGUAGAUAAUUUAGAAAAUCCGAGAAGUGAUUACUGUGAAAUUGCAUUUGACCCUUUGGACAAAUGUUUGGCAAUAGGAAGUCCCUAUUGACAUGUAAUUAGUUGUACACUCCCCUCCAAAAGUUUGGCAAAAGGAAGUCCCUAUUGACAUGUAUUUAGUUGUAUACUCCCCUCCAAAAGUUUGGCAAAAGGAAGUCCCUAUUGACAUGUAUUUAGUUGUAUACUCCCCUCCAAAAGUUUGGCAA